CUAAUCGUACAAUUCGUGAACACCUUAUCAUAGCAGAACAAUCGGCAUAACAGCCAGCGGGGGGCAUAGGCGGCGCUGUUCACAUCUCAGAAGUGCAAGGUGACUCUUUCGAAAACACUGGGAACAUCCAUAUAAAAACUUGCACAGCUUCGGAAUCAUCAUUCUAUCAUCACAUUUCUAACUGAUAUCACAUUCUGAGAUUUAUUAGGAAACUAUUUAAUACUCUGCAAAAAUGUGCUCUCUAAAGAUAGCAGUAACUCUCGCUGUCUUAGCCGUGGCUUCGGCCGAGCACUUCCGGUCCCAGCAGUUCGGAGGCUUCAACGGAGGCUUCAAUAACGGUGGCUACAGCGGAGACUUCAACCGCGGCGCGCACAUACCCAUCCUCAGCUACGAGAAUGUGAACAACGGAGACGGAAACUACAGAUACAGCUAUGAGACCGGCAACGGCAUCAGGGCCCAUGAGAACGGAUCCCCCCGCGCCCAGGGGCCCGAGGGCCCCGCGGUGACGGCGGAUGGCGCGUUCUCCUACACCGCCCCCGACGGCCAGCAGGUGUCGCUGACCUACACGGCCGACGAGAACGGCUUCCACCCCGUGGGCUCCCAUCUACCCACCCCGCCGCCCAUCCCGGAGGCCAUCCUAAAAUCCCUGCAGUUCAACAGGCAGAAUCCUUCAUCGGAGGGAUCCUACAACAGUGGAAGUUAUAACAAUGGUUAUCACUACUAAAUUAAUAUCUACGAUGUUUGAUUAUUUAUAUUCACAAACAAGUGGCUACAAUGCU